CGAACUUAUCAACCGGCUGUAUCGUCACCGCGGCAACCUGUCUAUUUGUUGCGCCAUACAUAAUGUCAGAAGUAGAAGAAACAUUUAAAAGAUUAUUGGCGCACAAAGGGGUUAUUGGUGCAGUUAUUGUAAGCUCAGAUGGGAUCGCAGUAAGAACUUCCAUGGAUAACAGUACCACAAAUCAUUACUGUGGUCUUAUUCAACAAUUGGUAGCAAAAUCUCGUUCUGCUGUUCGUGAUUUAGAUCCGUCUAAUGAUUUAACAUUUCUGCGUAUACGAAGUACUCGAAAUGAAAUUAUGGUAGCACCAGAUCGUGAUUACAGUCUCAUCGUUAUACAAGAAACAAGCACAGAAUAAAACGUUUUAUUGUUUAUAUGGUUUUAGAUCCUUGAAGAAAAUAACAAUAUUUAUACCUAAUAACUAAUGUCCUACUGAUCAAUAUGCAAUUCUAUUAAAUCUUACUGUCCUGAUCUACUUACAAAUAUUUCCAGAACGAACUUGAUGAAACAUUUACAUUGUUGUGAUUUGAACUUGGAUCGAUUUUUACCCGUGUGCCAAUUGUUGUGUCCUUGAUUGAAAGAUUAGAGAGCAGUGUAUUAUCGAUCGAACCAAAGACGCGUAAAACACGUAAGAACGACCUAGAGUUCUGAUUGGCCCUGUUUCCCUGUCUAACCCAGCCAGUUGAGUCCAGAACACAAGUCUCGGCCUCUGAGAUAUGAAACAUUGUAUUUCAAGCAUACUCUGUUUAUAUACCAAUCAACCCGACUACAACGUAUCAAUAAAAUAGAAAAUAACAUUUGUACAAUAAUUAGCCAGAAGUGGCUGUGAAUGAGAGAGGUAGCGAUUAACAAAUAGGGAAUAAUUCAUGAAU